CCACCCGCAGGCUAGAAAUACGCCCAAAAGUAACAUUUAAGCUGUUUCGGUCCCGUAGAACUUUUCUGGAAGACGAAUGAUUUUCUUUGAGUUCUAAGGAUUUGCAGGUAAACAAUAGUUUGGUGUCGAAGAUGAGGCCUUUAUUCGUGGGGAAUAUCGAGUAUGAUAUACGUCAACCAGAACUGGAGCGAUUGUUCUCCAAGUAUGGAAGGAUCGAGCGUCUUGACAUGAAAUCUGGAACAUCUCCUAAGGAAUAAGAGCUUGUAUCAUGGCUCAACACUUGCAAAAACUUCUAUUGCAAGGCAACCUAUCUGUCUUCCUGUACUCCUCAAUGAUGGAAUCAUUCUGCAUUUCUUAGAUCAAUCUUCUGUCAUUCACUUCAUUGCCCAUGUAGCCAUUUUCGAAGAAUGGCUGUGGUGGGAUCUAUCUGUUCUUCAUGCCAUGCCUACCACUAUUAAUAAGCGGAUCAAUGAAUUCUAUCAUGCCUUGCCUCCAAAUUCUGAAUCAUGCUGUGAAAUUGGUGAAGCAUGCUUAGCAAUGACUACUCAGGCUUGACUUCUUGGAUUUAAACCUUUAAUAAGACUUCAUCAUCAUCAUGAUUUUAUUCAUGCAAGGCCUCUCUCUCUCCUUACUUUCAUCAGGCCUUCACAUACUUGCAGGCUUUGCGUUUGUCUACUUUGAGGAUGAGCGUGAUGCAGCUGAUGCCAUCCGUUGUCUUGAUAACAUGCCAUUUGGGUAUGACAAGCGCCGGUUAUCAGUAGAAUGGGCAAAGGGUGACCGUGUUCAACCUCGUGAUGAUUCCAAGGUUUCAGCAAACCAAAGACCAACAAGAUCUUUGUUUGUCAUUAAUUUUGACCCUAUUCGCACUAGGGUGCGUGACAUAGAGAGGCAUUUUGAACCGUAUGGAAAGAUCCUUAAUGUUCGAAUACGCCGAAAUUUUGCGUUUGUGCAAUUUGAAAAUCUGGAAGAUGCCUCAAAAGCCUUGGAGUGUACACACAUGAGUGAGAUCCUCGACAGAGUUGUUUCUGUAGAGUAUGCUUUGAGGGAUGAUGGUGAGAGGGGUGACAGGUAUGAUAGCCCUAGAAGAGACUAUAUCAGGCAUGGUGAUAGUCCUUACCGAAGGUCACCAAGCCCAAUGUAUCGCAGGGGUCGACCUAGUCCUGAUUAUGGUCGCCCUGGUAUCCCCGCAUAUGACAAAUACAAUGGUUCAUCUUAUGAUCGGUACAGGAGUCCCGAGUAUGGAAGUUACCGCAGGUUUCCUGUUCGGAGGUAAGAACUUGAAGCAAGUACUUUAUCAGAUGAAGAUCACUACUCCUUUCUGGUAUCGUAAUAUAAAUAGAUGCUGUAUGAUUGCAAUGGAUUGUUUCUUAAACUUUAGAGAGUUAGGCAGUUCAAUUUGGGUGUUGAGAAACAUUUUCAUGGUGGAAUCCUUGCCUCUGCUUUUUUUUUUUUUUUAUAGCAGUUUGCACGUAUUCCUGACUGAAUGAAAAGAAACACAUGUAAGAACGUACUUUUUAGCUUAUGACAUUCAGCACAAAUUGGACGAUA